UGGCAACGCCGCCCACUUGCAGGUUAGCGCGGCCGCGCGCACAGAAGACGUCAACGCAUGACAUUGACGCCCGUAAACAAAGCGAGCGCUGGCCCCAAUGGCAGUUUCGUGCAAAAGGGGGGCCCUGUGAGAGUGCGCCAUGUUCCGCAGCGGCGGCAACCCAAAGGGCGACUUCCUCGAGCUGACCAAGGCGGCCCGGGAGGAGCGGGCGCUCGAAAAGCGCCGCGAGGCGGCCGCCGUCCUGCUGCAGGCGAGCGUGCGGGGCUGGCUGGCGCGCCUCAAGUUCGCCGGCGCCAUUCUUGAGGAGUUCGAUCGGGCGCUGCCCGACCAGUGCACCAAGCCGGCGCCCGAGGUCUACCAGCUGGGCGUGCGGCUGCUGCUGGUGUGGCGCAAGGGGCGCGACACGGAGCGCUUCGCCAAGCUGUGCCGCUACCUGGUGGCGUCGCUGGACUGCGACUCGCCCAAACUCAGCUACGUGGGGGUGGCCCUAGGCAAGGAGCACGUGCUCCAGUGGAUCGCCCACAUGAACCGCGUCCUCUGGACGUGCUGCGUCUACCUGAACGACCUCAAGCCCGAGCUGGCCGCCGACAUGAAGGCCAUCGUGCUCUUCCUGCACGUGCUGGUGGCCUUCACCAGCACCAACACCUGGGCGGUGCUCAAGAUCAAGGCCAUGGCGCCGCUGCGCGGCGGCAUGAACCAGCUCUGCGCCAACCUGAUGGGGCAGCUCUUCCACAAGGGCUUCUAUCUGGUCCUCAAGGGGCUGCUGAUCCGGGGCCUGGGCCGCCUCAAGGCCGCCUCCGUCUCGGCCGUCAUCACUUUGGGGCUGCGCCCCCUCGUCUCCGCCAACUUCUCCGACAAAUUCAUGACGAUCUUCCUCAUCAACGUGCUCGCAGUGCCGGCGCUGCUGCAUCACCUACAAGCCGCGUCGUCUGAGAGCAUUGCCACGUUGCAACAUCACCGAAUCUUCACCAGAACGUUGGAGCUGCUGUCCAGCCAGCAGUCGAUGCGCAUCGUGUUCAACGCACUAGAGGGCAGCUACGCGCUCUGUCUGCUGGCCAACCUGAUCCAGAUGGCGCACCUGGAGCGCCACUCCACCCUGCCCAGCCUCUGCUUCCCCACCUUCACGGUGGUCGUCACCGGGCUGCUGGAAAGCUGCCAGAACUACGUGGUGAGCAAACAGUCGACGCUCACCCACUGGCACCCGGUGCUGGGCUGGUUCGCGCAGCCGCUSGAUCCGGGCCUGCACGCCGCCAUCGGCCCCAUCAAGGCGCAGCUGCAGCUGCUGUGGCACGUCGACGUCAUCCAGAUCCUGCUGGGCCACUUCCUGGCCCGGCUGGUGGAGGGGGCGGCUCCGCCCGCCGGCCCCGCCCCCGCACAGCCGCAGGGCUUCUUCAAGAAGAUGCUGGAGAAGGGCGGGGCCAAGGCGGGCGCGCAGCGCCCCUACCGCCCCCUGGGCAGCCCGGAGGUGCACCGCGUCGUGCUGAUCUGCUCCCUCUUCCACACCGCCCUGCACACGCUCACCCAAAUGCAGCUGGACAUCCUCACUGGCCUUUGCUACCAGAACACCAUCCUGUACGACCUGUGGCUGUUCCUGUGCUCCUUGGGGCCCACCUGCGGGCUCAAGACGUUCCUCGACCAUCUGGCCUUCAACACCAAGUGCUCCGCCCCCGAGUUCCAGAUGCUGCAACUGUUCGCCGACUGCAUGACGCACUAUGUCACCCUGCUGGACGACAUCGAGAUGUACGAGAAGCAGCGGCUGUUCCGAUUGGGCGACUUCGUCGCCCUGUCCCACUUCCUCAACGUGUUCCUCUACAAGGCGGUGCUGGGCAACCUGUUCGACAUCAAGUCGAUUCAGAGCAACUCGCUGUUCCAAUCGCUGCACACGCUGCUGAUGGUGCUCUACAAGCGCGACUGCUGGCGCAGCUACACGCCCCCCGACCAUUGGCUGGUGCGCGACAUCAAGGUGGCCGCCUUUCUGGCCGACCUGGAGAAGGGGCGGCGCGCCCCGCAGCUCCUGCUGCAGACCACGCCCCACAUCAUCCCGCACGAGGACCGCGUGCGCCUCUUCCGCAAGUACAUCGCCAAUGAGCGGACCGUGCUGGGGCUCACUGAGUCGGCGUGCGCCGCCAGCCAAUCCACGCUCAUCACCGUGCACAGGAACCGCAUAGUCGAGGACGGCUACCGGCAGUUGACGAUUCUGCCGCCGCAGGCGCUCAAGGGCGUGAUACGCGUGCGCUUCAUCAACGAGUACGGGCUGGACGAGGCCGGCAUCGACCAGGACGGCGUCUUCAAGGAGUUCCUCGAGGAGAGCGUGAAGCGCGUCUUCGACCCCGCCCUCAACCUGUUCAAGGCGACCAGCGAGGAGCGGCUCUACCCCUCGCCCACCUCCCAUCUGCAGGACAACCAUCUGCAACUGUUCGAGUUCACGGGCAAGAUCCUCGGCAAGGCCGUCUACGAGGGAAUCGUCGUGGACGUCCCGUUCGCCUCGUUCUUCCUCAGCCAGGUCUCCGGGCAGACGUCGCAGGCCAUGUACAGCUCGGUGGACGAGCUGCCCUCCCUGGACCCCGCCCUCUACCGCAGCCUCAGCUACGUGAAGCACUAUGAGGACGACGUCGCCGAUCUUAACCUCACUUUCAGCGUCGAUGACGACCAUAUGGGGCGCGUGGUGACGCACGAGCUGGUCCCGGGCGGGCGCGCCGUGCCCGUCACCAAGGACAACAUCAUCAACUACAUCCACCUGAUGGCCCACUUCCGGAUGCAUGUGCAGAUCAAGGAGCAGACGGCGGCCUUCAUCAAGGGCUUCCGCUCGAUCGUCAACCCCGAUUGGCUGACGCUCUUCUCCACGCCCGAGCUGCAGCGGCUGAUCUCGGGCGACAACGUCCCGCUGGACCUGCGCGAUCUGCGCAAGCACUGCCAGUACUACGGCGGCUUCCACGACUCCCAUCGCGUGAUUGGCUGGCUGUGGGACAUUCUGGAGCGCGACUUCAGCGACGAGGAGCGGCGCAUGUUCCUCAAGUUCGUCACCAGCUGCUCCAAGCCGCCCCUGCUGGGCUUCGCCCAUCUGGAGCCGCCCUUCUCCAUUCGCUGCGUCGAAGUGGGCGACGACGAGGACACGGGGGACACCAUCGGCAGCGUCUUCCGCGGCUUCUUCACCAUACGGAAGAAGGAUCCGCAGAACCGGCUGCCCACCUCCUCCACCUGCUUCAACCUGCUGAAGCUGCCCAACUACCAGAAGAAGGGCACGCUGCGCGAGAAGCUGCGCUACGCGGUCAGCUGCAACACCGGCUUCGAACUGUCCUAACCUCACCUGUGCUGUGAUUAAGCCGGCGGCUGUAUUAGUGCGCAUGGACGCUAUGGGCCCCCCCCGAAAGGGGGCCCCAGUGCAAUUUAUUCACUUGAGAUCCAUAGUAGAUGUUUUUCACUUUA